CUAAGACACCCCUCGAAAAUCAGUAUGGCGCGAAUCGUUGCGCGCGGCGCUCGGAGUUUAAAAAAAUAACUGUCAAUGUCAAAAUGAGCUAUAGUGUCUAUGAUUGCGGAUUCGAAUUUCAAAAAGUGAACGACAAAGAGUGCUGUGAUGGAAUGAAAAAAGAAAAGAAUGAAAGUGAGGCGAAGGAAGAACACAUUCAGCACGUUUUAGGGCCCAGUAGGCGGUGCUUAGCGUGGGCUUGCAAAGCUUGUAAAAGGAAAACAGCGGCGGUGGACAGAAGAAAAGCGGCGACGUUGCGCGAAAGGCGGCGAUUACGGAAAGUGAACGCAGCAUUCGAAGAGCUUAGAAUACGAGCGCGAGCAGGCAGCGGUCGUCUGCCCAAGCUGGAGAUUUUGCGAGCUGCCAUACAACACAUCGAAAGGUUGCAGGCGGCAUUGCGAGCGGCGGCUGCUUUGGAGUCGGGCAGCUGUAAAGGCUACGUGGAGCCGACGACGACGAAACCACAAAGCGAAUCACGAGACACAAAAACUGAGAGAGAAAAACCAUUUUUAAACGGAGAGUCUGCGUCUUGUGGAUUGAAUAGCUUAGCGCGCCUCCGGUGCAUAGUGCAAGCGUUAGCGAAGGACAACCCGUAGCCUACAUAGAUAGAUCUCAUAACAAAAGAAUAAAGUAACCAGUGCUCAAUUAUAGUAAAUAUUUAUUUA